GCUUCUUCCAUGGCACUGGCUGUUACACUUUUACUAAAAUGAGCAUUGGAGUAAGUGUAAAUCAGCCAACUUCAGGCUGUGUGGGAAAACAAGACUAUUUGCAAAGGGCCGUGGGCCUGAGUAACGUCUAUUGAGAGUCUGUGCGACUGCAGCUUGUUCUACUGUGAGUGAGUCGGCCAGUGAUUGGCACUAGAUCUGCCAAUGUCCUUUGUACCCGCCCCUUGCUUUGCAACAUGUGUAGGGGCUGCUGUACAUUCUCAUGGCAAUGCUCGGGCUCUAACACGAAUUCAGUAACCCAUAGUAACCACAGAGAUGUGUGCGUUUAAUCGCUACACGCGGAAGUGACGGGUUGCUAUGGGUUACUGCGCAAUUGUCAUCCGGCGGUGCUAUAGUAAAUACGCCCUAGAGUCCAACAAAGACCGAAAGCACUUGGCUCUACGGACAGUCCACUCCCCCUGCUGGGGCCAGGCUGCGGAAUUAUAUCGUUUGCCUUUAGCUCUGCAUUGUAUUUCCUCCAACAGCUACUGGGGGGUGCGGCCUAUUCAGUGUCGGGCGUAGAAUAAAGCAGGAAGUAAGCGGGCGCCGCCUGUAUUGUCAGGAGCAGGAAACUCCCCCACCCAAUGGGCUCUUCCUCUUCCCAUGGAUUGAAUGGCGCGCAUGCGUGUUCCACGGCUCCCGUGCACUCCCGAGCCGCCACGCGCGCGUCCCCUCAGCUGAGGCACUUCCCGCCACUGGGCGCGCGCUGGUGGGUGUGCGAGAGCCGAACCGGAGAGAAAGUGGCAAGCGCGUGCGUGAGACCCGCAGCAACCCCUCCCCCCACCUUCUACACCGGGGGAAAGAGAGGCCGCGGGCAGCGCUAGAGCCACAGAGGGACACAGCGGCCUGGACUACCUUUCCCCUCUCGCCGAGGCGCGGAGCGUCUGUGUCCGGAGAGCGGAGUAGGCCGCGGAGGGAGCAGCGAGAGGUGUCGGACUUCCUUGUGCAGCAGCAGCGCUCGGGAUGUGAUUGUAGCCGGGACACUUGUCGUGUGACUGGCGGGACGGACCCCGGGGGAAGCAGUGUGUGUGUGAGAGACAAAGCCGCGGGGAAUAUGGAGCCCUCCUGCUGCCCGAGCCCCUAGAGCCGCCUCUGUCCCCCGGGUAUGGGCGCCCCGCCGAGUGUCUGUGAGACCGGGGGCAGCUCCGCGUGGGAUUAGCGCUAUGUGACUCCCCGGGAUGCAGCGCAUUCACCGCCCCACUGGAAUCUCCAUUCUCUGCAACAAGGCGGGGGCCGCGCUCUGGAGGCUGCAAUGAACCCGGUGACUGCCACCGCCCUAUACAUGUCAGCGAGCCGCCUGGUGCUCAACUACCACCCCGGGGAUCCUCAGGCCUCCGCCGAGAUCUGCAAGAUGCUGCCCUACUUCCGCCAGGCCUUGUCCUGCUGUGUGUGCGGGAAAUUGCUGGAAGAUCCCAUUGCACCGAUCAACUCCACGUGCCAGCACUAUGUGUGUAAGCCGUGCAAGGGUAAGAAGAUGAUGAUGAAACCUUCUUGUAGCUGGUGCAAAGACUAUGAGCAGUUUGAGGAGAACAAGCAACUGAGCAUCCUGGUGAACUGUUAUAAAAAGCUGUGUGAAUACAUCACACACACGCCACUGGCCCAGGACAUAUUAUUAAAUACAGUCGAGUGUUCUGCAGACAUUUUAGCUUUUCUUCCUGAAGAACCUCCGGCUGAGGAAAACCAGGAAUCCACCUCAGAACCGCCCUCUCCUUUGUGUCCCUCACAUUCUCCAUUAGCAACUAAAUCUGAACAUGGCUCAGAGUCCGAAGCGCCCAUCUGUCAGCUAGCCCACGACAGAGCUGCUAUUGAGGCAGAGUGCUUGCUCUCUAAUGGGUUAGCCAAUUGUAACGGGCUGUCUGAAUCUGAACCUGAACUCCCUGUAAAUAUCCCCUCCCCUGAAAGUCCCAGUCCCAUGGACCUCUGUUGCACAGCCGUUGACAUAAAAACAGAAGACCUAUCGGAGAGCUUAGAUGCUGUUUGUGAUCCAGUCUCCACUAGUGACUUGUGUGCCGCAGGACUUGAUAUUUGUGGCUAUAAUGAUGAUCUUAAAAGCGGUGGCCCGUUGUUGCUGAGCGUUGAAGAAGUUCUGCAGAGCCUCGAGAGUGUUUCAAAUGCAGAGGUCAAUGACUGUGAUUUGCAGCACAGUCUGGAUACCGCAGCUUCUAAUGGGGCUUUCUUGGAACUCUGUCCCCAACCCCUAAGUCACACUGUUUUGCUGUCUGACAGCCACGCUCCAGCGCAUGGGAUCUCCUGCACCACCGCCACCCUAAAAAUAAAGGCUCAUCGCAAACGAUCCCGAUCUGAAAGUGACAGUGAGAAGGUGCUUCCGUUGCCAAUCUCUAGCAUCAUCCUUGGGCAGACUCUGGGUUCCCCCACACCUCUCUUAUUGACACGGGAAAACAGGAACUUUCUGCAGCCAAUGGCAACUGUCCCCAAUGGGGGUAGCUCGCCCAAAAUCAGCAAAACUAUUCUCUUGUCUAACAAAAACCUGAAAAAGAAUCCCGAGCACGGUCCCAAAAAAACCCAUCAAAAAACUAAGCCUGCCUUGCUAAAAACGAAAGACAAGGUCAAGGAAAAAAUUCCCACCAAUAACGUGGUGCCUGGGAGUCCCACCAAGACUGUAUAUAAAAAGCCACAAGAGAAAAAAGGCUGCAAAUGUGGACGUGCGACCCAAAAUCCAAGUGUUCUUACGUGCCGAGGACAGCGCUGUCCCUGCUAUUCUAAUCGCAAAGCUUGUUUGGACUGCAUUUGCCGUGGCUGCCAAAACUCAUACAUGGCUAAUGGAGAGAAGAAGCUAGAGGCAUUUGCAGUUCCAGAAAAGGCUCUGGAGCAGACGAGGCUAACCCUGGGCAUUAACGUAACGAGCAUUGCCGUGCGAAACGCCAGCACCAGCACCAGUCUCCUCAACGUCACAGGUUCCCCUGUAGCAACGUUUUUAGCUGCCAGUCCCCACGAUGACAAAAGCUUAGACGAAGCCAUAGACCUUCGAUUUGACUGUUAAGCGGGACGGCUGUUCCCUGGCUUCAAGAAAGCAGGCGAAUGGCAGCAGUUUUAUGGCAGCUAUUGGUUAACUUUGACGCAACUUCAGCAUAUUGGUCACUUGUAUCAAGUGUGUUCAUUGCUAACUUAUGUGUUCUUGUAUGUGAGGGAGGGGCAGUGGGAAAGAGUUUGGUGAUAAGAGAAAUUGUAACCCUAAAUUCUGUAUUGUCUCUUUUUCCUCGACUUCAGUUUCGCAGGGGUUUUUUUCACAUUUUUCACGCACCAGAUUUAUACAAAAUGACCUUUGGCAAAAAGUGCAACCACAAAAAUGACCUCUUGUAUCUUGUCAUGAAUUGUUUUUAAUCAGCUGAGCAGCCUCUCUUUGUCCAGGGUUAUGUUUCCUUUUUGUCUGCAGGUAACGAGCAAGUUAGAACUUUUCAACUGAAUUUUCAUUUCAGCCACAUAUAGAAUUACACCACGUCCAGACGUAAGGUGCACAUUUUACAGUUUAUAUUAUUCUUAACUCUUAGGAAAAACAAGAUGAAUUGACUCCUUUUUAAAGUGUUAUACUGAACAAAAAGCACUGAGUAUUAAACAAGGCAUGAUGUGAGAGUUAGAAAAAAACCAAAACAAAUAUGAGAGAUAUGGCAGAAUGAAGAUAUAUUGUCUUGUGAGCUGGAAACCGGACACAAAGCUCAUAAAUGUCACUUAUUUGUUA